AUGAACUCAAACCAAUUAAUCACAACACCAACUAGACUAACAGACACUAGUGAAUCGUUAAUAACGUCAACUUCCCAUCUUGUUAACGAAAAUGGUGUCAUGGAUACUACUAAAAGCGAUCAUUUACCGGUGUACGCAGUGCUUUAUACGAAGCAACCCAAGCCACCACCGCAAUAUAUCCUAAUGCGAAGCUGCAAGGACUACGACGACGAAAGGUUCACUGCCCAGCUCGCAUCAAGAUCGGAAGAGCUUGUUUCCAUCUUUUCGGAUUCGAAUGUCAAUUCCAAACUCGACAAGUUCAACAACGUCCUUCUCACAACUUUGGCUGUCCAUGCCCCAGUCAGAAUAAUUAAGAAACCGUUCUUGUCCCUUUAUCACCACAGAUAUAAAAAACCAAAUGCCCCACAGAGAUCAACUCCACCGUCGUUACAAACAAACACGCGAUGUCGAAGAUUGGAGAGCAUUUAA